CUGUUUGGCCGCACACACAAGAAAAUCGGCUCGCGUGUGUGUGUGUGUGGAAGGGAGAGGGUGUAUGUGCGUGGUGUGUGUGUGCGUAAACGAGAGUGAACGAAAGAGAGAGACGGAACGAGAAAGAGCGAGUCGGAGAAAAAGAGAGACCACGCGCACGCCACCGUAGUUGUCUGUUCGUCAGUCGUUUUAUGUACACUGCACGCACCGCACACACACAGAGCGUACGGUGAGAGUUCCGAUAAUAUUCGUGCGUGCAUGACAAACAGUCGAGGACUUUGUACGUCUGUAUUAUCGUUGUCCGUCGUCGUCGUAAUAAUAUCUAGGUACAUCAUCGUUGCACUGCAUUAAAAUAAUAUUGUACAGGUCUGAGAGUAUAUAAUAAUAUAUAAGUAAUAUAUAGUGUUUUGAAAGAGAUAAUACCUAUUAUAAAAUAAUAUAUAUAUAUAUAUUAAAACACGAUAAAGCAAAGAAAAAUAGACGUGAUCACCGCCGCUACUGCCAAAAUGCCGCUGUCACUCAAAUCCAUAUGGAAGGGAAACUCUAAACACAAAAAACUUUCGGAAGACAAAUCAUUGGCGAUUGGGCAAAACGCGGAAGACGGAACCGCGAUCGCUGUCGAAGAAGACCAAACAACGUUUGAUGUUAAGUAUCUUGGCAACACUCCUGUAGAUUCUACGGCUGGUGCCAUCGCUGAAGCGGUUAAAACCAUUUUGAUUAUGUCUAAAGCCAGCAAAAGAAAACCACAGAACGUAACGGUUACGUUAAAUGGACAAGGUAUCAAAGUGAUAGAAACCAGCGAUGAAAAGAAGACAGUGCUGGAAACACCGAUAGAAAGGGUGUCUCAUUGUUUUACCGACCCGGCUCACAGCAAUGUAUUCGCCUUCGUCACAGUCAGUGGGCUAACCAUGUCGGAGUGUCACGCUUUCAUGUGCGCCAAACGGAAAAUGGCACAAAACAUGUCCGUCACUAUCGGCCAAUCGAUCAGCUCUGUGCCGGACGUCUGGAAGGAGCUUAACAAACCGAAACCGGAGGCCGACUUGAAAACUCCAGACGUAAUUCCUGCAGACACCGUCCCAGAUGACGUGGCUCAAGAGGUCAGAGAAGCGAAAUUAAUUGACUUAUCGGGAGAACCUCUACCCAGACAGCAAUACGAUACAUCCAGAUGGGUGUUGUUCGAAGAUGAUUCAUCUUCCAAGUUAGAUGUGGAGUUAUUACAUCAAAGACCUGAAGGAUUUGCAAAUUUCUCGAAUCAUUUCAAACAAGACCACCAAAUGUGUUGCUGAAAAUUUCCAAUAUUGUGAUUUUAUAAAUAUAUACUAUAUUACUACUAUAAUAUUUUUACUAAAAAAAUAUACAUAAUAUAUUAUAUAUAUAUACUCGCGGCUGUCUUUUAGCUUCAAUUAACUUUCAAUUUUACUUUAUAAAUCUUAUUAUAUUAUGUUAAUUUUGUUAUAUAUAUUUAUAGUUUACAUGUAAUUUAAUAAAAUAUAUAAUCAUAUUCAGCCAGUG